AGGGCGCCCCGCUGUAGGAUAAAUUGUUUGAUGUAAUUCUCUCCUCCUGGGAGCCGCAGGAUUGGAUGAUGUAUAAUGAUCCUGCUAUCAAACCAGCAGCAUGGGCAGUUAAUGGUAACUUAUAUGCAAAGCCCAGGAGAGCCUUCCUCCUCCUCCUCCUCCUCCUUGUCCUCCUCCUCCUGUAAUUGGUCUGCAGGCUCUCUCUCCACGCUGCAUGCGCCCCCGUGUGGCGGGCAGAGGAAGCGCGGGCGCCGCGGGGGGUUUAAAAGCCUCAGCUGAGGAGGAGCAGCGCACAGUACGGAGGAGCUCUACACCGGGAAAAGUUUACCUCGAACUACUACGCUCGACUCAAAGGAGGGAGAAACAGCAGAGAUGGCAACCAGAACCCAGCAGCCGCCCCACCUGCACCUGGCGGAGAUCACCGCGGCGCAGUUCAUCGAUAUCUGGAAACAUUUUGACGCUGACGGAAAUGGCUACAUCGAAGGGAAGGAGCUGGAGAACUUCUUCAAAGAGCUGGAGACUGCGAGACGAGGAGCAGGAGCAGGCGUGGAUCCUACACAUGCUGCGUUCAAAGAGAAGAUGAAGGAGUUCAUGGCCAACUUUGACAAGAACGCUGAUGGGAAGAUUGAGAUGUCGGAGUUGGCUCAGCUGCUGCCCACAGAGGAAAACUUCCUGCUCUGUUUCAGAGAGUUUGUGGGAUCCAGUGUCACGUUCAUGGCUGCCUGGCGGAGGUAUGACACCGACCGAAGUGGAUACAUCGAGUCCAACGAGUUGAAGGGUUUCCUGUCAGACCUGCUGAAGAAGGCCAACAGAAACUACGAUGAUAAGAAGCUCAAUGAGUACACACAGACUAUUCUGAGGAUGUUUGAUCUUAAUGGUGACGGUAAGCUCGGCCUCUCUGAGAUGGCGAGACUGCUGCCAGUCAAUGAGAACUUCCUGCUGAAGUUUGAGGGCAUCAGACUCACAGUGAAGGAAUUCGAUUCCCUGUUCACCUUCUAUGAUAAGGAUGGUAACGGAUACAUUGAUGAGCAGGAGCUGGAUGCUCUGCUGAAGGACCUCUGUGACAAGAACAAAAUGGACGUCGACCCCAUGGACACAAAAGGUGCCCUGCUGGGGUACAAGAAGAGCAUCAUGGCUCUGUCUGACGGAGGGAAAUUGUACCGCACCGAGCUGGAGAUCGUCCUCUGCCGGGACUCCACACUGUGAGCUCCCUGCCCUCCUCCUCCCCCACCACCUCUUCCUCCUCCUUCCUACCUCCUGAUGUAACCUGGUGCAUGUGUGACCCUUAACCUCGCUACAACACUUAGAGUAAGAAACAAAAGUGCUCCUGAGAGCACAAAGUGUACCGCUGGCCCUGCUAUUUUAGCUUUGUUCCCCUUCUGAGGUUUUAUCUUUUUUUUUUAGCUUUACCUGCAGUUUCAUAGUGAGAUAGCCAUAGCAAGGAAUGCAGGAAUAUAAUGUGUAUUUCUUUAUUUGACUUCCCGUUUUGAAUAUUCUUUUUUUAAACGUUAAUCUCUCUGUGUUCCUCUCCCAAUGAGUUUAAAAUUAAUAUCUGUUCUGUAGCAUCUGUUUUAUUUAUUUCUAUUUAUAUACUAUAACCUUAUUUGACGAUGAGGCUUGUACUGUUCUAUCAAAGAUAUAACUGAAAGAAUGAAUAAAUAUAACAUGACAACUCUUGCCCCAGUUC